AUGGCGGCAAUUCUUUCUUCCCACGAGAAAAGUCCUGAACAUUUGCAGAACUAUCAAAAGUGGAAAGAACUACAUCACCGAUUACAGAGGGAUAGUACAAUAGAUGCAGAAAUUUUGCGCAAGAUGAAGAAUGAAGAAAAGUAUUGGCAGCAAAUACUAAAGCGUUUAAUAGCAUUAGUGAGAGUUUUGGGUGAACAGAAUCUAGCUUUUUGCGGUACAAAUGAAACAUUGUACAGUGCCAAUAACGGGAAUUUUUUAAAAUUUGUGCAAUACUUAGCCAUUUUUGAUCCAUUAAUGAACGAACAUCUACGAAAGAUAUCAAAUAAAGAGCUUCAUACACACUAUCUUGGCAAAGAUAUACAAAAUGAACUUAUUCAACUGUUAGGAAAUGCUAUUAAGAAAGAAAUCAUACAAACAGCAAAUGCAAUGAAAUAUUUUUCAAUAGUUCUCGAUGGUACUCCUGACUGUAGCCAUGUUGAGCAAAUGACAAUAAUUAUUCGUUUUGUUAAAGUUGAUUCAUUGAAAAAGGAGUUUAGUAUCAAAGAACAUUUUUUAGGCUUUGUACCUUUAAAGAAAACAACUGGAGCCUAUAUGGCAGAAACGAUAAUACAACAACUAGAAGAAAUGGAGUUACCUAUUGAUAAUUUACGUGGCCAAGGCUACGAUAAUGGCGCAAAUAUGAUAGGCAAAAAUAAUGGUGUUCAAAAGAAAAUGUUAAACAUUAAUCCUCGAGCAUUGUUUGUUCCUUGCAGCGCGCAUACUCUUAAUUUGGUUGUCAAUGAUGCUGCAAAUUGUUGUCUAAUGGCUACAAGUUUUUUUGAUAUUGUCCAACGUGUGUAUGUAUAUUUUUCGUCUUCAACACAUCGGUGGGUAGUUUUCACUAGUCAUCAACCUACGUUAACUGUUAAACCUCUAAGUGAAACAAGAUGGGAAAGCAGAAUAGAUGCUAUAAAGCCUUUGCGAUAUGAACUUGGUAAAAUAUAUAAUGCACUGCUAGAAAUAGCUGAUGAUACUUCUCUAACUGGAUCCUCAGGAAGCACUGCACGCAGUGAUGCUAAAGCACUUGCGAAUAGUGUUGCAAAGUUUAAGUUCGUGGUUUCAAUUGUUGUAUGGUACAACAUACUUUUUGAAAUCAAUAUAACAAGUAAGCAGCUAAAGAUUUGGAUAUUCAUGCUGCUGUACAACAGUUACAACACACACAAGCCUAUUUGGUUGACUGUAGGAGUGACAUAG